AUGCAAUCUUCAGUGAACCAGGAGCUCACGAUGGAAGAGGAAAUAUGGCUAUUGGAGGAGAUGAUCCAGCAUCCAUCUCAGCUGAUCCUGACGCCAACCCCCACAGCAACCACAUCCCCGCUUACCUCAGCACCAACAACCAACGCCAGGAAAACACCCGACAUCCGAGUAAGGGAGGUCCAGGAGGUCAGACUACGCUUAGCCAUAAAGCCAGAACCACACGACCCAACAAAACCGGGGUUCAAAAGGCCAACAAAACGGCCCGUAAUACGGCCAGCCAGCGCCGCGAUGAUAAAACUCGCCAGACCAGUGAAAACGACCACCAACCCGGGCCCACUUGUAACAAGCGGUCCCCAGUCGACGGCAGAACUGGUUGGGGAAAAUCCUAGUGGGAAACCCGACGACCCCACGGGCGCCAACCUCGACACCGGUCACUUCAGCAGUAUGGAUCAACCCACCAACGACGACGCCUUUCCCGCUCGAGCCACAGCAAGUUUCCCUAAAAAGAAAUGGAGGAUAGGGGGGCAGAAAAGAGAAGAGAUUGCGACCAACCCGGGCCCACGCGCACGCAGUCCCCAGUUGGAUGCAACCCCGGAAACAGGGGAACCCGCCACCAACAAACCAGUGGUUGGCAAGAAGACGGCCGAUAAAACCACGGCAGUGGUUGUCGACAAGCAGGUAAAAGUCUCCAACACCAGACCUGUGAAAAAAAAGAAAGGACUUGCUACCAACCCGGGCCCAUCCACAGGGAACAGUCCCCAGCUGGCAACAACCAUCAACGCAGGAUGGAUCGACUACGACGACGCACCGUUAUUAUCCGACUAUCCGGAGUACUUUGGGUCCAGACCGGAGGAUCUCUUUCAACCACCGAUAAGGGUCCAGACACCGCUGCAGAGACUACUGGCGGCAUUGACACCUCUAGCCGAGGUAAGGCCAAAGACUGUGGCCAAAAGGGACUGUGGCAAAAAGGGACUGUGGCAAAAAGCUACUUGGAUAAUAAAACAGCGAGCACUAAGAUACCAACCACCGAGCCAAUCACCGCGAACACCACGCUUCUCCGCCUCAGCCAAGAGACCUGACAUCCGGAUACGGGUCAUUCAGAAAACCAAGCUCCGUCUGAUAAAGAAACCAGAGCCAUACGACCCGGCCAAACCGGGAUUUACAAGGCCAGCCAAACGGCCCUUGAUUCGCCCAGCCAGUUCAGCACUGGCAAAACUUGCCAGGCCGAUAAAAGCCGCCAACCCGGGCCCACUUGUCAAGAGCAGUCCCCAGUUGGUUACAGCCAAACCAACCUGGAAGCCGGCACAGUUGCUUGAAGAUUCACCACCCUCAAGCAAGGUGCCAAACGACAGUGAUGACGUUCCACCCACUCGGGCAUCGGCGAGCUUCCCAAAAAGGAAACGAAGAGUUGGGGUACGCUAUGGGCAAGAGGAUGCAACCAACCCGGACCCAUCCGCAAGGAACAGUCCCCAGCUGGGUACGACACCCACGGUACCAGCACUGGCGGCCAGUAGCGGGCCAAAGAGGGCAAAAAUUGCGACAGGCAAAACCGCCACGCCGACCAUUACCGGGCCUGGAAGAAAAAUAGAAGUGUUUGUCACCAACCCGGGCCCACCCGUAAAGAGCAGUCCCCAGUUCACGGCCGCACCAAUCCAACUGGAAGCCACGUGGCUCGAAUAUGAUCUCACCGCUGCUAGCCGAAUACCCAGAACGUUUCGAGAACAGGCCGGGAGACCUGUUUCCGCAUCCGCCAACCAAGAUCCAGACGCCGUUACAACGGCUGUUGGCCUCGUUGACACCACUGGCGGAGGUCCAACCAAAAGCAGUCAAGAAAAAGACCGUGUUCACUGCUUACGAUAG